AUGGCCGGAGUAGAUUCUAUUUCAUAUAAAACAUUAUCACCGACUUCAAAUAUGGAUUUUCAUAACCAAGACAAAAAGGAUAUAUCGAAAGUAUUCGCUUUCUUACGAUCUAAACUCAAUGCUAAAGAAAAAGAAUUAUUAGAAUUACAAAGAGCUGAACCAUGUCUAUUAGCACCGGAUUGUGAACAAAUUGACAUAUUAAUUGAUGCUAUAUCUUCUCUUCAUUUAUCAACACAAGAUGGUUCAUUUUUAUUUGCUUCGAAUUCUGAUAAUUCAUCAUCAUCUUUAUCUUGUUCAACAUCAACAUGUUCAACAGGUGUUGAUUCAAUUAAAAUUUUACCAUCAACAAUAUGGUUACCAGAAUCAGUUCCUGAAAAACCGAAUGAUUAUCGUUUACCUAUGGUAACACAUCUUUUAUCAUUACCAGUUAGUGCUUUUGUAGCUUCAUCAUCGAAUUCGUCGACAUUAUCAUCAAUUAAAUCAAAAGAUGAACCAUCAAAUCGUCUACCGAUGGUUAGUCAAUUACUUUCAAUGCCUCUUAGUGCUUUUAAAUCAUCAUCAUCAUCAUCAUCGAAUGAUCAAUUGAUAAAAGAAACUCUACCAACUAAAAUUGAAGAUAAAAAACAAACAAUAAAUAAUAAUAAUAAUAAUUUUUCAUCAAAAAGUAUAUUUGAAAGUGAACCGAUUUAUUCAAAAGAACAUUGGCUUAGACAAUCUUCUUCAACAUCUGAUUCCGAUUUUGAGUCCAUUACAUUAGAUUUAGAUGCAUAUAUUGAACAAUCAAGUGAUAAAAUGCGUCGUCUUCAUAUGGAAUAUCUUGAAGCAAUGGAAAAAUUAAAAACACCAACGCAACAAGUUGAUUCACCACAAAUGAUCAAAACAAUCUAUCCAGAAAUAUUUGAUCGAAUGAAAAAAGAUAUUUCAACAAAAACUUCUUCUCGUAUUUUUCCCUUAAAUUAA